AAAGCAUAUAUCUAGGAAGGAACCCGAACCCAUUUGGCAUGUGCAAAAUGUCAAGUUCCCCCGUGGGCUUUUCUUUGGUGUCGAACGAGGCCAAACCCGAACAACCAGCAAUCGUUAUCUUCAACUUAUCUCCAUCGGAACGUUUCGAAACUUUGUUUAUCAUCUCUUGAACCGGACUCAAAGUUUGAGCAUAUCCUGCGACGUAUUACGUGGUAGCCUUAUCAGGAACCAAAAUCCAGGCCACAUGUCACACUGGCAUCUCCGUGACGGUCGCACGGGCCGAAGCUCUUCCGAAACCUUGAGAGCUGGUCCGUCGAGACGCCCGGGUCAAAAUGCCCUUGUGAGGCAGGCCCCGCCGCCACCUCUCGGUCCAUUACUCGAGGAGGUGCGCAUCCAAGACCUGGCCGACUCGGCAAAGGAUCUGGCGGCAUCUGCCGUCAUCAAAGACAGCACCCUGGUGUCCUCGUACAACUGGCUCGGUGGUGGAGGGGGAGCACAAGAGCCUACAAUCAUAGUGCCAGGACGACCGCCUCGCUGGACUCCUCCGUCGAGUGCUAGCAGGCUUUGCGAUGACCAUAACAACUACGGCGGGGGCAGGUCGACCGGUACCCGCAAAGUAUACCGGGACCAGAACGCGGCCAGAUUUCCCAAGCAUCCCAUGGAGCCUGCCAUUCUGGCAACCCUCGAAGUUGCGUCGGAUUUUCUCGCAGAUCACAAAAUCGAUGUUGUGGCUUGCGGAAGCACCAUGGGUAGUCUGCUUCGAUUUGUCAGAGGCCAGGAAAAAAUGUUCCGCAUGCUUGUAGAAGUCGUCGAUGAUGGCGUUUUCCUGGUCCGUAGAGAGAAUUCCCCUACGGAGAUUAUCCCGGACAUCAAAGGAUUUGGUCAUUCAUUCGCAGACAACUACACUACCUGGGAUUCAGAUGUGAAGGGUUCGAAGUCACAUCAGCGGAUGGUGAGCUACCGGUUCGGGAACCUUAGAUUCCUCGUCCGCUUUGAGGGAGACGGUUAUUGCCAGGAUGGUCCUGACGGUGACAGGCCAGUCUGGCACCCGAGCACGGAAAAUCGCGUCGGUAACCGGACUAAUACGCCCAUAUCUAUUCAUGAUUUGGCCCAGAGCAUGAGCAACGCCGGCGUCUCGGUCAGGGAUGAGGCCAAGGGGGAUGUGAUCAAAAUCCAAAAGUCUGGCGAACUGGUCGACCAGGAACUAGUUUUUGACCUCAAGACCCGCAGCUACGGAAGGGUAGAUCAGCGCGAGGAGAUUAUGGAAGCCGAGUUGCAACGUCUUUGGGUCUCGGGGGUGAAAAGGUUUAUCCUGGCCUUCCACACUCGUGGUUUAUUUGAUGAUCAUAUUCCAAUCACCCAUGUCAAAAAAGAAAUCGACACAUGGGAAUCGACCAACAGUGACGCUCUGGCGAAACUUGCGGCACUCAUCCAUCGUAUCAUUGCUCUGGCCCGGGCCCAACCGGAUGGGAAGAUUGAGGUCUGUCACUCCAAGGUUGGCAUGCUCGAGAUCCGUCAGCAGGUGGAUGGUCUUGAAGGUGUCUUAUCUCCAGAGACCAGGAAUAGAUGGAUCGGCAGCCUAGCGGGAGCUAGGUUGGACGAGAAUUGAUGGGAUGAAAAGGGCCUUGACAGCGACCGCCGUUGGGACGAGGAACUCAGCAACUUUGUUUGGUGCAUGGUCCCUCGAGGAAACUGCGGGUACUGUGGUCGGUGAAAUGAAUUGUGAAGACGAUUCAACCCAAGGUGUUUGCUUGUUUCGGCAUGUGCAAAAUUUCGUACCGCAAUGAAGUUUGAUUGGUGCUCAUAUCAAGUUUGCGUUUGUUGGUUUUUGAGUUUGGAAGGUGCGAGUAGCGCCAGGAAUGGGAAGAAGGAGGGAAUGUGCUGCUACAGAUCAUAGAUGAGUGAUUAUCUAAGCAA